AUGAUUUCCCCUUGCGCGAGCCUCUUCUUGUUGGGCGCACUUGCCAAACUCACCUCAGGAGCCACCACCACCGCUACCUUCACUCAGCCAGCCGCUGCGCCUACUGACACCUCUUCGUUCUAUGUUGGUGCCUCUAAUGGCUCUCUUCCGCACACCGCGACUGUGCCAGGGCUGGUAUUCGACCGCUUCAUCCAAGUCUGGUUGGAAAACACAGACUACAGCGCUGCUGCCGCCCAAUCCGUGUUCCAGACCCUCUCUCAAGAGGGUAUCACCCUCAGCGGAUACUACUCUCUGACCCACCCCAGUCAGCCGAACUACGUCGCUGCCGCCGGUGGCAACUUCUGGGGUCUGGCUUCCGAUGACGAGGUGACGGUUCCUGCUAAUGUAUCGACCAUCGUCGACCUCCUCGAUGCCAAGGGCAUUAGUUGGGCUGAGUAUGAGGAAAAUAUGCCCACGGAUGGCUACUUAGGAGACAAUUUUACGAAUCCAGAUGGCUACACUUAUUACAAGCGCAAGCACAGUCCGCUGGUCAGCUAUGACAGCGUGAACCAGAACCCGGCUAGGUUGGCUCGGCUCAGGAACUUCAAUGACUUUGCAUAUGAUGUAGGAAACAAUACACUGCCUCAGUGGUUCUUCGUCACGCCUAACAUGAAAGACGACGGGCAUGAUACCGGCAUCGCGUACGCAUCCGACUGGUUGAACUACUGGCUUGUGCCUUUACUCCAAGACCCGAACUUCAAUACCGCGAGGACUCUCAUUUUGCUCACGUUUGAUGAAAACGGCAACCAUGCUAUCAAUAAUGAGAUCUAUAGCAUCCUGCUCGGUGGGGCUGUUCCCUCGAACUUGAGGGGCACGAUCGACAACACAUUCUACACCCACUACUCGACCCUCACCACUGUUCAGAACAACUGGAGGCUCGGUAACCUCGGACAACAGGACUGCAACGCAACCCUCGCCAAUGUAUUCCAAUUCGUUGCGGAUGUGACUGGAUACAAGAACAACGGUAUGACGAACGGCACGAACCUUCCUUUGUUGAACAUUACGGGAACCAUUCCUGGUCCGCUGAACCCCGAUUAUUGGGCCCCCUGGCCUGCCCCGAAUACCAGCUGUGUUGGAGCCGGUGGAGGGUUCUUUUUGGUCUAA